AGAGAGAGGGAGUCAUGAGCGUCCGUGCCGUAAGGAUGCAGAAAACACGCUCUGUGCAUUGUUUAACGUAACGGAGAGGUGGACCAAGUGUCAUCGGCCAGUUUGUUUUCUUUUUUCCUGCUUUUUUCCUCUCAGGCUCCACUCAUUUGUGCAUGCCGCUCCCUGGCUCUUUGGCUGAGAAGCGCUGGCUGAACGCAAGCUUGCGCUGACAGAGAACCUGCUGCCUGGGGGAUUUUCUGACAUGAAUAGCGGCGAUCAGAGUAUAUGUUUUGGCUGGCAAUGAACACUUCCUCUGAGGCUCAGCUGGAGCGAGUUUAAGCCCAGGACACGAGCAGGUACACCAGAAGAGGAAUGGAUGCUUGAGAGAGCUAAACGGAGAGAGAAAUAGCUUCUGACUCCAAUGAAAAGAAAUCAGAACGGAAGAGCCACUUUUUCCAGAGCGACAAACAACUUGGCUGAGUCCACAACAGGGGCUUGUCUUGUCUCAGGAGUUAUCCACUAAAAAGGACUGAGGACUAACAGCACUGUCCGAAGCAGUUGUCUAGUUUGCCUGCACGCUUUGCCGUGGCAAUCUCAGCUGUUCCUCAUCUUUUUCCGACUGCCCGGAUCAAGGAGCGCGCCUCUACGCUGACAGGAGCAUCUGGGGGAAGAGUGCUCACCAGACACCACAACUUUUGACUGUACGCUUCACCCAGAGUGCUUUCCAAAAAAGAGGGGAGGUCACCAGAGAGGACCAGUGUUGAAGGAUAGAGGGGGGGGGUUGAGGAAGAAGACCCUGCUGCUCUCCGGGGCAUAUGGUCGAGCUUGCCAAAGACAGCUGCUGAGUCUCUGUGGGCUAAUUAUUCAUUCAUUCAGGAGAUUCAGACUGGGUGGGGGGAGAAAAGUUUCGACUUUUACGACCGAAGACGAGCCUAGUGUUGCAGUUCUCCGGAGGAUUUGGGAAGGGGUCACUCUCCAAAAGUUUGUGCAUUUGUGUGUGUGAGAGAGAGAGGCUAAUGACUCCAAUUCCAGCUUGUGGGCAGCCGAGUGUUUCCCUGGACAGACGGCUAGCAUGAUGCCUAGCCACACCCGCAGUGCAUCCUGACACAUGCCACAACCAGAGCAGCCUGGCAUCUUCAUGCCGCUGUCGGGCACAGACAGGUGGCAGCACAUCCUGAAAGAAGGGAAUUCAUUGUGCCAUAAAAAAUUACAAGCACCCCAUAAGACAAAUCAAGAGCCAAUUCAUUACUAAUUCGCCAAGCGGUGGAGUUCUGCGCUUGCGGAUUUAAAGUACAAAGUGCAGCGGGGAUUGUUUGCACUCACUUAUCGUGUUGCCAAUCUAGGCCAGGGGUCCAGUGGAGUUUUUUGUCAGAUACACUCGAGAGAGCUCGCACUCUAACCUUUCAUGACAAACCACCCCUGUGCUUGGGAGAGAAAUGGAGGGAUCGCUGGAGGGUUGGGAACUGUAGGACCUGUACCCUUCCAGAGCGGCUGUAAUUUGGAAACAAAAUGCGUUGCUUGGAGACUGGCGAAAGUAUUUGUCUACGUUUUUCAGGAAGGAACUGCGAUAAGAAGAGCCACUGGAGUUUAAGCUGAAGCCAUUUUCGGAUUUCUUUUGUCUAUCAUUCUUCUCUGAGUCUGUUCAGAACGAUUGCCGACUUGGCGUACUUUAGGGACGGCGCGGAGUGGAGUAUGACCAGUUGUCAGUACCCCACGCCGCCCCCGGAGCGGGACCGCAUGUACCAGCACAAAGUGUCGCUGGUCGUGCGGUACUUCAUGAUUCCUUGCAACAUCUGUCUCAUACUGCUGGCCACUUCCACGCUCGGCUUCGCUGUACUCCUCUUCCUCAAUAACUGUAGGUCACAGUUAGUGAAACAUGACUUGCAGCAUAAACCUGUUCACUUCACACCGGCUCCUCCUCCUGAUGGUUGCAGAGGAAAGCUGUGUGGAUUUGGAGCAAUGUGUGAGAGAGACCCGGCUGACCCCUCUAAAGGAGAGUGUGUUUGUAAGAAGAUUGUAUGCACGUCUGUGGUGGCGCCGGUGUGCGGAUCUGACUCCUCUACCUAUUCCAAUGAGUGUGAGCUGGAGAAGGCCCAGUGCAAUACACAGAGACGCAUCAAGGUGAUGCGCAAAGGCCCCUGUGCCCUGAAGGACCCAUGCAGUGAGGUGACCUGUAGCUUUGGCAGCACCUGCAUCCAGUCAUCCGACGGUCUGUCCGCCAAGUGCAUGUGUCCUCUGAGUUGUGAGAACGUCCCCAAGCACGUGGUGUGCGGCAGCGACGGCCUGGACUACCAAAGCGAAUGUGAGCUCAACAUGAAAGCCUGCGCCACUCAGAAGAACAUCCGCGUGCAUCACCAAGGCCGCUGCGAUCCUUGCAGUGACACUCUGAACAGCUUGAGUGUGGCCUGUCGGGUGAACCCAAAGACCUACAAGCAAUUUACCUUCGCCCCAGCCGAUUCCUGCCCACCCGACAGUACACCCAUCUGUGCCAGCGACGGCCACACUUACGAUAGCGAGUGUCAGAUGGAGCGGACGGCCCUGCAGAACAACCUGGAGCUCAAGAAGGUUUCUUCAGGCAGCUGCAAGGAGAAAGGAGGCUGCCCGAACGGUUGCAAGUUCAACGCCAUGUGUUUGCUGGAAAACGGAGCGUUUCGGUGUUCCUGCGACCCCAUACAAUGUGACGGCACAUACAAGCCCUUGUGCGGAAAGGACGGAAAGACAUACCCCAAUGACUGCGAGAGGAAACUUGAAGAGUGCCGGACCGAAACAGACAUCCCUGUCAAGCAACAAGGGCCCUGUGAUCUUAACCUGGAGAGCCCCUGCCUGAAGAAGACCUGCGAGUUCGGAGCCGUGUGCGUGGUUAAGAACAGCGAGCCUGUGUGCGAAUGCUCAGACGCGUGUCCACAGGACCAAGACCCUGUUUGCGGGAGCGAUGGGCACACUUACAGCAACUCAUGCCAAAUGAAGGCCAUGGGAUGUGCCCUUCAGAAACAGAUACAGAUGCAGCACAAAGGACCAUGUGCAGAUGAGUCCUGCACCAACUGCUCUUUUGGCGCGAUCUGCGACGCUCAGACUGGCCGGUGCGUGUGCCCCAAAGGGUGUUUGGAAACACGGCAGCCCGUGUGCGGCAGCGACGGGGUGACGUACGAGAACGAGUGCAAGCUGAACGUGGAAGCCUGCACUAAGCAGCUGGAUCUCAGAGUGGUGGCCCAUGGAGAAUGCAAAACCUGUGGCAGCACUGUGUGUAGCUGGGGAGCGCGGUGCGUGCAGAACAAGUGUGAGUGUCAGCAGUGCACGGGUCAGCCGUUGAAACUCGUGUGCGGCAGCGACGGCAACACUUACAACAAUGACUGUGAACUGCGGCUGGCCUCCUGCAAGAAACAGAGGAAGAUUGAGGUGGCCAAACCUGGCGUCUGUGAUGAAGACUGUGGUUCAGGAGGCUCAGGUUCAGGAUCUGAAACCUGCGAGCAGGAUCGUUGUCGACGAUAUGGCGGAUCAUGGGAUGACGACACGGAGGAUGACCGCUGCGUGUGUGACUUCACCUGUCUGACAGUGCCGCACAGCCCAGUGUGCGGCUCUGAUGGGAACACAUACACCAACGAGUGUGAGCUGAAGAAGGCCAGGUGCGAGAAGCAAAUGGACUUGCUGCUCCAGAGCCAAGGUCCCUGUCCUGCUAUCAUAUCAGCUCCUCCAGAGCUCGUCGCCUCCCAGCACUGUAGCAAAACUGUUUACGGAUGUUGCCAAGACAAUAAGACCACUGCCCUUGGUGUUGGACUGGCUGGGUGUCCUAGUGUGUGUCAGUGUAAUCAUUACGGCUCAUACGGAGGCACCUGCGACCCGUCCACCGGCCAGUGCUCCUGUAAACCCGGCGUCGGGGGACUCAAGUGCGACCGCUGCGAGCCCGGGUUCUGGAACUUCCGAGGCAUCGUUACGGAGAACAUGAGUGGCUGCACACCGUGUAACUGUGAUGGAGUGGGUUCGGUUCGUGACGACUGUGAGCAGAUGUCAGGACUGUGCUCAUGUAAGCCUGGAGUCAAGGGCAUGAAAUGCAACGUGUGCCCCGACGGCAGCAAGAUGGGAGCCAACGGCUGUGACAAAGGACCUGAGGCACCCAAGUCCUGUGAUGAGCUUGUGUGCCACUUUGGGGCAUCAUGUGUGGAGGUGAACGGACAGGCUCACUGUGAGUGCCCGUCGCCAGAUUGCGAUGAGAAAAACAAGACCAAGGUAUGUGGUUCUGAUGGGGUCACCUAUGCAGACCGAUGCCAGCUGAGGACCAUCGCAUGCAGACAAGAUAAAGAGAUCACUGUGGAGCAUUUAGGCCAGUGCAAAGAAUCCAUUGAGCUGACGGCCAAACCCACCCCCUUCCCAACCACCCACCGCACCACCCCUCCCACCGCUCACGUCAAGAUCACCAAACAGCGCCAUGGCCACACCACCACCACCACUACUUCAAGCAUUCCCGAGGAUCUGGACAGCUUCGUGGUGGAGGCACUGCCUCCACCGAAGGUGGUCAAUGCAGGAAAGUACUCCAGCUCUUUCACCACCCACCGCCCCACCACACUCAACAAACCACCGCGCACCUCAUCCCCACCCCUGGACUCCAGCCCUGACUUUGACGAAUCGGGCAGUGGAGAGCCCAGUGGGGACGACGAGAUGGUGAGCGGAAUGGAGGAGAGCGGAGAAGAGCCACUUGGUACAACAGUAGCAACUACCACUCUUCCCACAGCCGAAGAACGGUCUUCCUGUGACAACACACCUUACGGCUGCUGUCCCGAUGGGAAGACGGUUGCCAGCAGCUCUGAGAAUACAAACUGCCCCUCCACCAUGCGUUUCAGCGGCUUCCUACACCUGGAUAAGGUAGAGGAUCAGGAGGUCUUCUACACGCCUGAGAUGGAAGACCCCAAGUCAGAGCUGUUUGGCGAAACGGCCCGCAGCAUCGAAAGCGCUCUGAAUGAGUUGUUUCGCAAGUCAGAUGUCCAGAAAGACUUCAAGAGUGUCCGUGUGAAGAAUCUGGCCCCCAGUAACUCCAUAAUUGCCUUUAUCGAGGUUCACUUUGACCCAGACACAAGGUUCAGUGUGGAGAAUAUUGAGGGAGCCCUUCUCAAACAGCUCAAGGCAUCUAAAGACACUGGUAUCGUUGUGAAGAAACCCGAGGAAGAGAACAUCCGCAUCACCACCUAUGGCCUUUCUGCUGUUCCUUUCUUUACCACCACCACGACCACUGUAGCGUCAGUCACAACUCCCACUACCACUACGCUCUCUCCCACUUCUGCAUUUACCACGCUCCGCCCAACCACCACCAAACGGCCCUUCACCAGCCACAGGACCACCACAGCCGCACCAGCCACCACCACUCCAUCCAAGGCCCCCACAACCACAGUCUCGCUGAAGAACAGACUGGCGGUCCACGGCAACAGGCCAUGUGACUCCCAGCCCUGCCGUCACGGUGGAACCUGUGAGGAGGAGGACAAUGACUUCACCUGCAUCUGUCCUGCAGGAAGAGGAGGAGCUGUGUGCGAGAAAGUUAUAAAGUACUUCAUACCAUCCUUUGGUGGCAAGUCUUACCUGGCUUUCCGAACCAUGAGGGCCUACCACACUGUGCGAAUUGCCAUGGAGUUCAGGGCUUCGGAAAUGACAGGGAUAUUGCUGUACAAUGGCCAAAAGGGCAAAAAGGACUUCUUGUCUCUGGCACUGGUUGAAGGACAUGUGGAGCUCAGGUUUAACACUGGCUCUGGGACGGCUUCAGUGAUUAGUAAGGUCCCAGUAAGACCGGGUCGCUGGCAUCAGCUCGUAGUAGUGCGUAACAGGCGUAAUGCCAUGCUGAGUGUGGACAAUGAGCCGAGCGUUGAAGGACAAAGUCCCCCAGGAACAGAUGGACUCAACCUGGACACAGACCUUUUCAUCGGAGGAGUGCUUGAAGACAUGAUACCGGAUGUAAAGGAGAGGACGUCAGUUUCAACAGGCCUGGUGGGCUGCAUCCGCAUGCUGGACGUCAACAACUUGUUCUAUAACCUGCAAGAGAAUGGCGACAGCGUUUUGUACGGCUCAGGUGUGGGCGAGUGCGGCAACAAUCCGUGCAUGCCAAACCCCUGCAAGAACGGAGCCUCCUGCCAGGUCAAAGAAGCCGAGAUGUUCCACUGCAAAUGUGUCAAUGGUUUCUCUGGUCCAACCUGCGCUGACGCCCACAACCCUUGCGACCCCAAUAAAUGCCACCCAUCAUCGCGGUGCCAGGUCCUUCCGGAGGGAGGUUACAAAUGCGAAUGUCCAAUGGGACGUGAAGGCAAGCACUGUGAAAAAGUGUCAGACAAGGGAGGCGCUUUCAUUCCUUACUUUACUGGAGAUUCUUUCCUGGAGCUCAAGGGCCUUCAUCUCUAUGGCCAGGAUCUGAGGCAAAAGUUCAGCAUGACUGUGGUUUUGUUGGCCAAUGACUCCAAAGGCAUGAUCUUCUACAACGGUCAAAAGACUGAUGGCAAAGGAGAUUUCAUCUCUCUCUCCCUGAAUGAUGGUAUCUUGGAGUUUAGAUAUGACCUGGGCAAAGGACCAGCUGUCAUUAGGAGUAAAGAAAAAAUCAAGCUGAACGAAUGGAGCACAGUGAAUCUGGAGAGGGCCAGCAGAAAAGGAGAGAUCAGCAUUAACGGCAAAGACCCUGUCAGAGGAGAAGCGCCGAAUCAGCACACAGAUCUUAAUCUGAAGGAGUCGCUCUUUGUGGGCGGAGCCCCGGAUUUCCGCAAAGUAGCCAGAGCUGCUGCGAUCAAAGAUGGCUUCAAAGGGGCCAUUCAGAAGAUUACUCUAAUGGGAAUUCCAAUCCUGAAAUCUGAUAACGCCCUUCACUCCAGUGAUGUGUCCAUGUAUCCCUACCACCCCUGCUCCAAAGAUGUUUGUGAGAACGGAGGCCGCUGCAACCCUCUGUUGGACAGCUACGAGUGCGUCUGCCGCCACGGAUUCACUGGACAGCACUGCCAGGACGCAAUAAUCGAGAAAUCCGCUGGGGAUACCGAGGCCAUUGCAUUUGAUGGUCAUACAUUCAUCGAAUAUCACAACGGAGUCACCAAGAGUGAGAAGGCCCUGCUGGUGAAUAAAUUUGAACUGAGCAUCAGGACUGAGGCUACUCACGGUCUGAUUUUGUGGAGCGGCAAGGGAGUGGAGCGAUCAGAUUACAUUGCCCUUGCCAUUGUGGACGGCCGUGUGCAGAUGACCUAUGACCUCGGCUCCAAGCCUGUGGUGCUACGCUCCUCUGUACGGGUCAACACCAACCACUGGAUACGAAUCAAGGCCAGCAGAGCGCUCAGAGACGGCUCACUGCAGGUUGGUAAUGAGGCAGCUGUCACUGGGUCAUCACCCUUGGCUGCCACACAGCUGGACACAGACGGCGCUCUCUGGUUGGGUGGUCUGGAGGAGCUGUCCGUAGCUCGCCGGUUGCCCAAGGCUUACAGCACAGGCUUUGUUGGCUGCGUAAAAGACGUGAUAGUCGACGGGGUGGAACUACAUCUGGUUGAGGACGCCUUAAACAGUCCCAAAAUAUUACACUGUUCUGCCAAAUAGUGUGGCACCACGUUCCUCCCAACACCAUGUCUACUGCUGUAAUUAUUUUUCUAUUUUUUGUAUACUUUCCUUUGCCUUUUAUAUUGGAAAACUUACAUUGUUUUAAUUAUAAUUUUGUUUUUUGGUUUGUUUGUUUCUUUCCCCAUCUUUGUGUCCAACCAUAAUCAAGUCACCAGUCAGCGAACAUGGUGUCACAAGACAAGCAAAAAGUCGUAUUACAUCUGUCCUGUUUCUAUGACAAACAAACUUGCUCAUUACUUGAACAGUGGCAGAUGAGGUUGGUGCUGUUUGUGCCGUCUGGAUUGCCUUCUCUCGGUGCCAUAGCUUGCUGUCCAGCAUUCACCAUACAUUCCUCUGAGCUGUUGCUGUGGUCCAUUACUACGUUUAAAAAGGUCUAAAAAAUGACUCUCCGCUUUAUCGACACGACAGCAACUGUUAAAAACACUGAGCAAGACUAUGUACGAUAUUCCUCAUUUAUGAUACCACUAACAAGGACGAAAGCUCGAAACUUGGAGUACUGAUAGUAGCUGACGUAACAUUUAGCAUUCCUCAAAAUUCACUAUUGUUUUUUUUUUCCCCCAUGCAAACAUCAUUGACCUGUGAGAUGUAAUAAAUAGUAACGAAAUACAUGAGACUGUGAAUUUUGAAGAUGCUAUUUUUUGUUGCAAUCAUUCGUCUCAUGUGUUGUGCAUAUCUAAAGAGCAAUUACAUAUAUAUAAAUAUACUAUAUGACCACUUGUUGCAUGCAUCUUUUUAAGUGUUGCGUUGAUUUUGCCUUGGUUUUCUUGAUCUUCAUCAUUCCGUUCAGGGCAGAAAUGUAGCUGACUACAUUGCAAUCUUGACAUCUGAUCAUUCAAGUUGGGAGAUAUUGAAAUUUUAUAUAUAUAUAUAUAUAUAUAUAUAUAUAUGCUAUUUGUCAAUCUGGACUUCUUGUGUGUGCGUGUGUGUGCGUGUUGGAAAAAAUGGUUGUUGCAACAACUCAACAUUGGGAGGCGCUGUAACACAGGAAGAGAUGAGAGACUCAAACCACAUCAGGUGGACAAAAACAGCAUUGACAUUCUUGGCAUGUUCUGUCAUCGAACAAAAAUCAUGUAUUCACUGCAUUUUUUUUUUUUAUCGUAUAUCAAAUGAAAAUGUCGCUUUAAAAUGCUGCCAGCACUUGCUAUAAAAAAGGGAUGAUGUAUGUAGACCCCUUGCAUCCUAUGACUGUGGCCCCCAUAACAGCUGUUUAUGUUCAACGGUAACCAGUGAAAAUAGUAAUGCAUGGGUUUGUCAAGUCAAAAUGGUUUUUGUAACCUGUUCCAAGACAAAUGCAAUGCUGUGGUGCUGUUCAGUGUAAGAAAUAUGAAUUUGAUACCAGAUGCUUUGCAAUAUUCCAUUACAAAUAUGCCUGUUCAGGGUAAAGUAUCAUCAUAUCUUUUUUUUUUUUUUUACGAGCCCUGGAACAUGCAAGAUCGUAAUUGUCAUCCUGUACAGCCCUGUGAUUUUUUUCAAGUGUAAAUUUGUUACUGAGCUUUUGUUUUAGUAUUAUACACUGGAAGCGAGUCUGACUUGUCUACACAUGGCAUAUCCUGAACGAGGGCUGAGAUCCGGGGGAAAUUGAUCAAUUAUGUGUCUAGGGUUUGAUCGGCCGUCCAGACCGAGACCGGGAGCCCUUCGUUAAUGCACGAGCUGUAUGGACCAUCCACCCUUUUUAGUAUAGCGCCCUCAACUUCACUUUCCCAGCGGACUGGAUUUUUGAUCUCUUUUGUAUUAAUGGGAGUUAUUUUUUGACAUCCUCCUCCAGUAGCUUUGCUCUCAAGGGAUGAGGCUCAUGGUGAGAACCGCCAUGGAAAUCUGCUGUGUGAAUGGAAACUGAGAAAUGCCUUAAAAAUCAUUCACCGUUCAUGGGUGACAAAAGUCCAUGUCCAUAUUGUUCUGUGCUCUCACCUUAGCCAGUAUAUUAGCCUCAUUCCCAUCAUGUAAAUUAAUUCAUAAAUGUUAAUAAUUAUAUUAAUAAUGCUUAUGAGAAUUUCCAGAAGGCCUCAAUAAUAGUGGUUCUGGACUCUACAAAAAUACUAUUUACUGUACAAAUACUAUUUUCAGUAUCUUAUUUAUGUCUUAAAAGGAUUCUCAGUCUGGCAUUUGUAAACUACUGUUUUGAUUGAACUAGAUCUGAUGGGCAGUGCACAGAAUGAGAGGCAUGAUGUUACCAUUACUAACUUUAUUACUUGUGUCUUGUGUUCCAACCACCAUAAAAUAAAAUGUUAAACAAACUGACCUGACUUUCUGUAACAUUUACUCCUGAUAAUGUCUGUGAAUAAAUCCCUCCAGUUCCCAAAUUGUCUAAUCCAGAGUCUCCCUAGUGUUAUAUUAUAUUAUAUUACAAAAGUUUGGGAUUGGUAAGAGUUUUUUGUUUUGUUUCUGAAAGAGGUCUCAUGUGCACCACUGCUGCAUUUAUGUAAUAAAAUGCACCAUUGUGAAAUA